GGGUCGUUCUGAACAGUCGGGCGGGUCUUUGGGCCAAUUUGGUUCGCAGUCAACUGGUUCCGCGAAGUACUUUCGUUUGUUCCUGACUACUGCUUGCAAGGAGAGAGUGCGCCUUUUACAAUUUGCGAUGAAAGAAGUGAGCGACAAGUCUGGGGUUAUGAGCGAUGUCGUCGACCGACUGUUGCAUUGGUCAUUGCCAGUCAUCCGGUCUGAGUUCGGGGACGGUGUGGCGUCGAGGAUCGAGAGAACACUAUCGGCCGGCAGCCGUGCAGAUGUGUUUCGUCUCGGAGUAGGAGGGGAUGAUUCGACAGCGGACGGUAAGGAUGAUGGCGAGCGUGAGGGUGAAGGGAGCGGUGGAGGCAAUGGUGGGUCAUUUUGUAGGUCGGAUGAUUCACGAUCGCGUUCAGGGCACGGGUCACGGCGUGGCCGCAGAUCGCGCGGGCGGCCACCAAGCCGUGGCAGGUCGCGUUCGCGUUUCGAACAUGUACGUCCUUUGUGCUGGGACGAUUCGAAGGAUGGUGCUCUGCAAACUGGACCUUGCAAGAAUCGGUCUGCACAUGUGUUGGAAUCGAUGGGGCUCUGGGAAGGCUCGAAAGCGCCUGAUAUCGUCUUCGUGGAGCCGGUGAAGCUGCUGCAGUUGCUCGGGUUGUUUGAUUUGAGUUGCCCGCGCCACGGGGGCGGUUGUGCUGUGGAUGUGUCCUAUGUCGGUUAUCCUGGGCAGAUUUGUCGCAUUUCGCUCGCUUGUGAAAAACUUCAGCAUCAGUUGUUCCAUGCGACCGUCACUGCGGGUAUGACAUAUACCGUCCUCAAUGACUUCUGCAUCGCGUUUGGGGUGGCACCUGUGCACAAGCCCACUUUUUACAGUUGCAUGCGUGGUGAGCCGAAUGUGCGUGAGGGUUGGAAUGCAAAGGUUGUCAGGCAAAGCGUGCGGCAUUGCGACUUGGCCAUUGACACGGUUAUGCGAUCAGGGAGACCUGUCACUUUGAUGGUUGACGGUCGCUACGACUCGGCCAUGUCUGCGCAGCAUUGCAUCACCGCGAUGGAGUGUGAUACUCGUCUUGUGGUGGGUGUUCACACUCUUCGGCCAAAAAAUGAGGGAAAGGCGUUGAACCAACAUGAGGUUCCUGCUGUUGUGCGCCUGUUGAGAGGCCUGCUGUCGAGGGGGUUGAAGAUCCGGUGUGUUGUCUCCGACGAUUGUGCUGCAUUGGGUCCACAGUUGGAGCGCCUGGGUAUUGAAUGGCAGAAGGAUUGCCAUCAUAAGGUAAAAAACAUUCGCAAGACACUUAGAAAAGUUGUGACACUGAAGGUGCCAAAGAAAUUGAGCAACCCUCAUCAGUGCGUGUCGGAAUCUCAGUUUAUGCAAUUCACGAAGGAGUUGUUGGAUGCCUUGGCGGACCAUUAUGGACCAGGGUCUUUGACGACAAAAGAAGAACGAUUGAAGAAGAGCGACUUCGUUGCUCUUGUGAUGAGCAAAAUGUACCCGUACGGCACGAUGAAAAACAACAAAUCCUUGGUCGUGGAUGCAGAUGGUGUGACCGAGUUUCAUAUGCAUGAGGUGGGGCAUUGGUUUCUUCGUGCUUCCCAGCUUUGCAGAGAUGAGGGCGGUGACUUUGUUACUCUGCACAAUGAUGUCAUGAUGAUUGCUGACCAUUGGGGCGGGGACCACUCCAGGCCUUCUGGGAUUUCGAUUCGUCCAAAGCCGAGCCACUACCGUCACAAUCGGCCACCUACCGAUUUGUGGAUGGAUCGGUUGUCCACGUUCAUCUUCGGUUCAAAAUGUGUUUCAGAUUGGGCUCGACGCCUUCUCGAGUACGACGACUGUGAUGUGUCGGGUGAGGUCGGGUCCUCGAUACCUCCUUUGCCUCGCGAUCUUUUUUGCAGAGGCGAGGAUACCAUUGACCGUGACGAGGACGACGUUGUUUCAAGUGCGGAUCCCGACCUUGUGGGGGAUGACGAUGUUUUCAUCAUUGGCGACGGGGAUGGGUUGCCUGGACCGGCGGAUGCCGUGUCCGAUCGAUCAUGCGAUGCUCUAUUGAACGCAGAUGAUGUCGAGUUGUUCGAGGACUGACAUCAUGUUAUGUCGUAGUAUCUUGUACACGCGACUUUUAUGUUUUUCGGCU